AUGAGUGUGAAUUAUGAAGCGGUUAGCCAAAGAGAAGAAUUAUUUAAAAAAGGUUGUGAUAUAUUCAAUCAAGAUCCAAAAAAAGGUUUACAGUUUUUGAUUGAUAAUAAUUUGGUUCAUCAAGAAGCUGAAGACGUAGCACAAUUUUUUCAUUCCUAUCAAGAUGUUUUAGAUAAAACAGUUAUUGGCGAUUUUUUAGCAGAAAAUACUAAAUAUCAUAAAGAAGUUAUGAAUGUCUAUUUUGAUCAAUUGGAUUUUAACAAAAUGGACUUUUUAGCAGCAUUUAGAAAAUUUUUAGCCGGAUGUCAUUUACCUCGAGAAGCAACAAAAAUUGAUCGUUUAAUGGAAAAAUUUGCUGCUCGUUAUUGUGAAUGUAAUUCGAAUCUGGGAAUAUUUGCUAGUGAUGAUGCGGCCUAUGUAAAGAAAAAAAGGACCAAAGAAGAUUUUAUUAAAAUGAAUCGUGGCAUUAAUGACGGUCGAGAUUUACCUGAAGAAUUUUUGUCAAAAAUAUAUGAUGAAAUAGAAAAUGAAGAAAUAAAAUUGUAA